CAGGAUGGAAACUCUCCCAGCGGCAGUUCGAGGUCUAGCACCGACGAAGUGACACUGCCAAUGCCACAAAAUAAGAACUACGGCGCAAUAGGGGGCGUGGAGAAGGUGACAUACACCUGGGCGGACAUCAACGCCUUCACCACCGAGGCCAGGAACAGGAGGCGCUUCUGGACCUUCUGGCGGGCCUCCAAUGACCGCAUGUUCCGGCAGAGGAAGCAACUACUGAGAAACGUCAACGGCGCGGCUUACGCGGGCGAGCUGCUCGCCAUCAUGGGGUCAUCCGGGGCGGGAAAGACCACCCUUCUGAACACGCUGACGUUCCGCACGCCCAGCGGGGUGGUGUCCAGCGGGACUCGGGCACUGAACGGCCAGCCAGCUACGCCCGAGGCUCUGACAGCACUGUCAGCGUAUGUGCAGCAACAAGACUUAUUUAUAGGAACGCUUACUGUGAGAGAGCACCUAAUAUUCCAGGCAUUGGUCCGUAUGGAUCGACAUAUUCCAUACGCGCAGCGCAUGCGACGUGUCCAAGAAGUCAUCUCUGAGUUGGCGCUAUCGAAGUGCCAGAACACGGUGAUAGGGAUCCCAGGUCGACUGAAGGGCAUUUCAGGCGGGGAGAUGAAGCGGCUAUCCUUUGCCAGCGAAGUACUUACGGAUCCACCGCUCAUGUUCUGCGACGAACCUACCUCAGGCCUGGACUCUUUCAUGGCACAGAAUGUCAUACAGGUAUUAAAAGGACUGGCACAGAAGGGCAAGACUGUGGUGUGCACUAUUCACCAGCCGUCUUCCGAGCUCUACGCCAUGUUUGAUAAACUGCUAAUUAUGGCUGAUGGCCGUGUAGCCUUCCUCGGCUCACCGGACCAGGCGACAGAGUUCUUCAGGGAUCUAGGAGCUGCGUGCCCCGCAAACUACAAUCCGGCGGACCACUUCAUCCAACUGCUGGCUGGCGUGCCGGGUCGCGAGGAAGCCACACGGCACACCAUCGAUACGGUCUGCACGGCCUUCGCCAAGUCGGACAUCGGGUGUAGAAUUGCCGCGGAAGCUGAGAACGCACUGUUUCACCAGCGAAAACUCCAUGAUGGCUGGACAGACAUGGCAUGGGCGGGAGCGGCGGCGCUUCGCUCGCAUCGCUCGCCGUACAAAGCCUCGUGGUGCGCUCAAUUCCGAGCAGUGCUCUGGCGUUCCUGGCUCUCCGUCACUAAGGAACCUAUGCUCAUCAAAGUGCGAUUCCUACAGACAAUAAUGGUGUCGAUACUGAUCGGCGUGAUCUACUUCGGGCAGCACCUGGACCAAGACGGCGUGAUGAACAUCAACGGAGCCAUCUUCAUGUUCCUCACCAACAUGACCUUCCAAAACAUCUUCGCUGUCAUCAACGUAUUCUGCUCUGAGCUACCGAUCUUCAUACGCGAGCACCAUUCGGGGAUGUACCGUGCGGACGUAUACUUCCUAUCGAAGACGUUGGCGGAGGCGCCAGUAUUCGCGACCAUUCCUCUGGUGUUCACCACCAUCGCUUACUACAUGAUCGGUCUGAACCCAGCGCCUGAGAGGUUCUUCAUAGCGUCGGGGUUGGCCGCACUUAUAACCAAUGUUGCUACUUCGUUUGGUUACUUGAUAUCUUGCGCGAGCAGCAGCGUGAGCAUGGCGGCCUCAGUGGGCCCGCCCAUCAUCAUACCGUUCAUGCUUUUCGGUGGCUUCUUCCUCAACUCAGGAUCUGUACCGCCUUACCUCAGCUGGAUAUCUUACCUGUCCUGGUUCCGGUACGGCAACGAGGCGCUACUGGUGAAUCAAUGGUCGGGCGUGGAGACCAUCGCCUGCACCAGGGAGAACUUCACCUGUCCCGCCUCGGGGCAAGUGGUGCUGGAGACGCUCAGCUUCUCAGAGGAUGACUUCAAUAUGGACGUGAUAAACAUGGUGUUGCUUUUCAUCGGAUUCAGACUAUUGGCGUACAUAGCACUGUUGAUGCGAGCACGUCGAGCUAAAUGAUUCUACAUAUAGAAAAAAUAUAUUAUAGCCAAUUAAACAUAUAAUUUCCCACAGGGUUGCCAAAGUACAAAAACAAAGUGACAUUUUGUAAAAAAUAAAGCAUGUUUGUUCAUUAAAAAAAAGAUUUUUAAAGUGAAAAAGUUUAAGAUAGUUUUUUUAGUAUUCAUAACAAGUCUUCACUUACAAUCUUUAAGAACCAAUGAGCUAUAGAUAUUUUUAAACGGAUUUCUAUCGGUUUUCUGUCCUAAGAAAAUCCUUCGUUAUAAUCUAAAUGUAUUUUUUUAUUCCAAUGUAAGUAUAAAGUUCGGGUAGGUAGCUAAUUGAAGUAAAAUACUUAUGUUAUAUGAACCAAUAUUUCUCUGCUGAUAAAUUAACAUCUACAAUUUAAAUCGACCUACAGGGUUUAUUUAAGUAAGAAACUAAGUUUUUUUUGUUAUUUGUGAGAAUUUUUACUAGUUGAUGAUUGUAUCACAUCUAUACCAUACUCAGUAGUUCCUUUAUAAAUCGAACUUUUUAAUGCGCUUUAUUUAUAACAAUAUAAACACUGUUACAAUAAAAAAAAACUGAAUAAUUGCACUGCGGGACUUGCGACUUCGGAAUGCGACUUAUUUUCUGAAAUCAAACCUAAACUCAACUACCUGAUAAAAUAUCCCAAUAAUUUCUAAUUCGUUUUAAUUAUAUUUGACCCAAAACAGGUUUUUUUUUUUAGUUUUUUUUAAUUAUUAUAGCCAAAUAUUUUUUUAUAUCAUGUUAGUCCAUUAUUUGCCUACUUAACAAUAGUUCAUAUUUGCUCUACUGUACCCCUAGCAAGAACCAUUAUCGAAUUCGAAUAGUUUGCAAACCGAAAUGUCAAUGUCAAAUUUUGUAUGGAAACUUGAACAGCAGCGGCACAAAGUACAUAACGAGAACUAAAAAUCAGUACACAUUUGACAAUGACAUUUCAGACUCGCAAACAAUACGAAUUCGAUAUUGGUUCGUGCUAAGGGUACUGCAUACUUACAUUUGUUUUUGUAUGUAGUCAUUAUACUUACUUUAUUUUGAGUUGACGUUUUAAACAUUUUAUUUUUAUGUUACUAUAAGAUUAUGAAAUGACUGUUAUGUGUAAUACAUAUGAUUUAUAAAUAUAGUACAAAAUAAAAGUGCCUAUCAUGUGUUCU